AUAGAGAAACCACAAGAGUGAGAAACUAGUAAAAUAUUAGUAAAUAAGAGAUGGUGGGUAGAGAGAGGAGUUUUUUCUUUGGGGUUUGUUCAGAGCCUGUGAAAGACACUCCACUAUUUGAGCUCAACACCAUUGGCUUACAAGUUGGAAGACAUGGAAUAAUAUGGUGAAGAAAUCAUUAGAGAAUAGUUAUUUAGAAUUAGCAAGUGCUAAUUGCUGAAUAGGAAAACAAAGAGGAGGAAGGAGAAGUGGGCUCAGGGGGGAGUGAGAGAAAGAGAUGGAAAGUGAGACUUGAAAGCAUGCUUGCCGGCCAUUAUUGUGGCGUCUCUCUCUCUCUCUCUCUCUGUCCUGUGGCCUUAUUUUCCCAUUUCCCUCCAACUUUGGACCUUUCCUACAAAAUCUGUCUGCUUUAUGGAUCGACGGUGAGGGUCGGAUGCGGCCAAAAGCAGGGAAGAUGCAGUGGACCAGUGGGCGUGAAAUUCCACGUUGGGAAUGGACUGAACCGAGAUAGAACCCGUGCAUCGACGGGUCGAAGAAGCGAAACAGGAGAAAAAGGCGACCGCUUUGCACUCCGCUCUUCGAGAAAGUCGGGGAAGUCGGCUCCUUUACGGUCCCGGCAUACGAAAAGGUGCAGGAUUCGCGAUUUCUUGUGAUGUUUGCUGCUGGCGAGUCUAUUUUUCUCGAAGGAUUUUGGGGCGAUUUGUAGGACUUAAGCUGAGAUUUAUCGUCUCCUUCGAAACGGUGGGUUUCUUUUGCAGAAAGGUGCGGCUUUGAUGCUCAGGCUGAGGUUGCAAACUUGAAGACUCCAGUAUUGGUAGGGGGAAAUUGGUUAUGGUUUCGUGCUGGGGGCAGCAAUCUUGCGGCUUUGGUAGAGAAAGUGGAAUUCCAUGUGGAUAUCGGUCUGGAAAGGAUUUGGUGCCUUUCGCAAGAAAGUCGUAAAAGCUGAGUUGGGUUUGAAGUGAGUUGUCUCAGUUCAAUGGACCACUAGUGGAAUUCCCAGGCUUUGAUUUGAUUUUGAGGAUAUCACCGCCAAGUUCGGUAGGAUCGACAACAAGUUUUCCAAAUGUUAGGUGCGAUAAUUUUGUAUUGAACUGUUUUAGUUUAAGAGGAGAAGCAAGUGACAAUUUUGAGGGCUUGGUUAUUUUAUUUGCUUGAGGCAAUGAUAGUGUCAUGAGUUCUCUUGAAAUCAGAAACUUCAGUUUACCAUACCAGAAGCAAAUUCUGGCUUGAUUGAAGAAUUGAUAUUGUCAUGAGCUUUCUUGAGGUAGAAAAGUUCAGCUUAUCACACCGGCAACAAAUUGUGGCUUGAUAUAUCAUCAAUGAAGCGUUGCAUCCGUCAGAUCAUAGGCUUUGGGACCAUGGAGGAAAAUGGUCUUGAGUUCUUGAAGUGCAGAAGAUGAUUAAAAAGUUUGGCUUUAUUCUUGAUGCUCUGAGGCUUUACUUAUCUCAACAUUAGCACUUUGUGUAAGUCAUAAUGAUGGCUAAGAUGCCAGAGAUUUCAAAUUCUGAAGGAGCUUCUGUUUUGGUGGUUCUUCAGUUUGUAGCAUUAUUGGCCUCUGUAGUCAUACAUAUUUCGGAAGGGGUAAACAUUGAAGGACAAUACCUGUUGGAUCUUAAGAGUACAAUGAGGGAUGAUCUGCACCACCUAGAUAGUUGGAACCCUAACGAUCGUACACCUUGUGGUUGGACGGGUGUUAAUUGCACUUCCGACCUCAAUGCAGUGGUCGUUGGCCUUAAUCUGAGCUCCAUGAAUCUAUCUGGAAGCAUCCCCCUGAGCAUUGGUGGAUUAGUUCACCUAACUUAUCUUGAUCUUUCCUUCAAUGAGUUAUCAGGAACAAUCCCUAGGGAGAUUGGAAAUUGCUCAAAGUUAGAGUUUUUGUAUCUCAAUAGCAAUAACUUUGAAGGUGAAAUCCCUCAUGAAUUGGGUACCCUUUCCUCUUUGUUAAAAUGCAAUUUGUGUAACAACAAGCUAUCGAGCUCUCUUCCUGAGUCGAUCGGAGGUCUUUCAUCGCUUGUGGAACUAGUGGCCUACACUAACAACAUCACAGGUCCAUUGCCUCGUUCCAUCGGCAGGCUCAAGAACCUAGUUAUAUUACGGAUGGGGCAAAAUUCGAUCUCUGGAAGCAUUCCCGUGGAGAUAGGUGACUGCCAGAACUUGAAACGACUUGGUCUUGCCCAGAACCUGCUAGGAGGUGAGAUCCCAAAGGAGCUCGGGAAGUUGACAAACUUGACCGAACUAAUUCUUUGGGACAACCAACUCUCUGGAAUUAUCCCUAAGGAGCUUGGAAACUGUAGCAGCCUCGUGACACUUGCCCUUUACCAGAAUAAUUUAGUGGGUAGUAUACCUGCAGAGAUUGGAAACCUGAAGAACUUGGAGAAGUUAUAUUUGUACAGAAAUUCAUUGAAUGGGACAAUCCCAAAAAUGAUUGGGAAUCUUACUCGGGCAACAGAAAUAGAUUUCUCAGAGAAUACAUUGACAGGAAAAAUACCAUCUGAACUGAGUAACAAUAAGGGUUUGCACCUGCUUUUCUUGUUCCAGAAUCAGCUUACAGGCAACAUUCCACCAGAAUUGAGUGAGUUAAGGAAUUUAACCAAGCUUGAUCUCUCGAUCAACUCUCUCACCGGGCCCAUUCCUCUAGGAUUGCAGUAUCUGCCUAAUCUAACUCAAUUGCAACUUUUCAAUAACAUGCUGUCAGGCCUCAUUCCCAAGAGUCUUGGCGUGUACAGUCCACUUUGGGUGCUUGAUUUUUCAGAGAACAACCUCACUGGCAUAAUACCAAGUCAUCUUUGUAGACGUUCGAACCUUAUUUUGUUGAAUUUAUGGUCUAACGGGUUGACUGGAAACAUUCCUAGUGGAAUUACAAAUUGUAAAUCCUUGGUGCAACUUCGUCUCGGUAAGAACAGUCUCACAGGAAGCUUUCCCUCUGAUUUAUGCAAGCUGGUCAAUCUUACUGCUAUUGAGUUAGAUGAGAACAGAUUCAGUGGUCCCAUUCCAUCAGAGAUAGGGCAAUGCAAAGCUUUGCAGAGGCUUAUUCUUCCUAACAACUUCUUCACACAUAAAUUGCCAAGGGAGAUUGGUAAUCUGUCACAGUUAGUUAUCUUUAACAUCUCAUCCAAUGAAAUUGGAGGAAGCAUACCUCCAGAGAUUUUCAACUGUAAGAUGCUCCAGCGACUUGACCUCAGCAAGAAUCAGUUUUUAGGGGCAUUGCCUGAUGAAGUUGGAAGCCUUUUGCAGUUGGAACUGCUUAUACUUUCUGAUAACAAGUUCUCAGGAACAAUACCUUCCAUCAUAGGAAAGCUCUCUCAUCUGACAGAGCUGCAGAUGGGCGGUAAUGAAUUUUUUGGUACAGUACCUAAGGAAUUGGGUGAGCUUUCAAGUUUACAAAUUGCGAUGAAUCUUAGCUACAACAAUCUUUCAGGAAAUAUACCACCAGAGCUUGGCAAUCUUUCCCUUCUGGAAUAUGUUUGGUUGAACAAUAACCACUUAACUGGCGAAAUUCCAUCGACAUUUGCCCAUCUGUCUAGCUUACUUGGACUGAAUGUUUCAUAUAAUAAUCUCACAGGGCCUAUACCUCCUAUUCCAUUGUUUCAAAACAUGGCCCUAAGUAGCUUCAUAGGAAAUAGGGAUCUUUGUGGUAAACCUCUCGGUCAAUGUGGUUUGUCGCCAUCGUCUACAUCUCCAUCAGCUAGAACAAGUGCCUACUUGGGUAAGACGAUUGCAAUAAUUGCUGCUGCCAUUGGAGGAAUUUCUCUUGUACUCAUUGCUGUGAUUGUAUAUAUCAUGAUAAGACCUGUUGAGACAGUCGCACCUGUCAAUGACAAGCAACCAGGUAAUACAGAUUCAGAUACAUACAUCUUUCCAAAAGAGAAAAUUACGUUCCAGGACCUAGUUGCUGCCACAAAUAAUUUUGAUGAGAGUUAUGUAAUUGGAAGGGGUGCUUGUGGAACAGUAUACAGAGCUGUUCUGCAAUCUGGGCAAACAGUUGCUGUCAAGAAGCUAGCAUCUAAUAGAGACAGUAGCAACGCGGAAAAUAGCUUUCAUGCAGAGAUUUCGACUCUUGGAAAGAUUAGGCAUCGAAACAUUGUCAAGCUAUAUGGUUUCUUCUAUCACCAGGGUUCCAACCUUCUACUGUAUGAGUACAUGUCAAGAGGCAGCCUGGCUGAGUCGCUUCAUGGAGGUUGCUCUUCUUCUCUUGACUGGGACACCCGGUUCAUGAUUGCGCUUGGGGCUGCUGAGGGACUUUCAUAUUUGCACCAUGAUUGCAAGCCCCGGAUCAUUCACAGAGAUAUCAAGUCGAACAAUAUUCUGCUUGAUGAGAACUUUGAAGCUCAUGUUGGAGACUUUGGAUUGGCAAAGGUGAUCGACAUGCCACAAUCGAAGUCAAUGUCUGCAGUUGCUGGAUCAUAUGGGUACAUAGCACCUGAAUAUGCAUAUACCAUGAAAGUUACCGAAAAAUGUGACAUCUAUAGCUAUGGAGUUGUCCUUCUGGAACUACUGACUGGAAGAACACCUGUACAGCCCUUAGAUCAAGGAGGUGACCUUGUUACAUGGGUAAGGACACACAUCAGAACCAGUUCUUUGACUUCUGGAAUACUUGAUAGUCAAUUGAAUUUGGAAGAUAGGGUUGUCGUCGGUCACAUGAUCAUGGUCUUGAAAAUUGCCUUGCAAUGCACAAGUAUGUCACCGAUGAACAGACCAGCGAUGCACGAAGUUGUAUUCAUGUUGGUCGAGUCUAAACAGAAGGCUGGGAGCUUGGCAUCCUCACCGGUUUCCAAUCUCUCCUCCGAAGAGGAUAACUUGUGAUGUAUUCAUGUUCUGCGUCCGACUAAAUGAUAUAUAUUCCCCCUUUUUUCCUUUCAUUAUCUUUGCAUUCUAAUUUUCUUCUUUUCUCUCUUUUAAUGUGUGAUCAUCUUUGCAGUUGCUAUCUAUAAUAUUACAUUAUGUCUCACUAACUUAGGCA